AGGAACCAGGAACCAGGAAUCAGGAAUCAAGAACAAGCGAAGAGAAGGCUUUAAAAGAUUAGCCUCCGAAGUGCCGUUACAGAGACAACGCCUGCACCGUCCGUUUCUCUGCUACUACUACUAUCACUACUGUUAAUGUCUUGUUCGUGAUCCAGAUUUCUUAAUUUUUGGGCAUGAAUAUUACUGGACGCCGUAUUGGAUGUACAGUUAGGAAAGUAUUGGUUACAAUGAGUGAACGACCAGUGAGUACUUCUAGUUAUGCAAUGGUUAAGGCCAUAGAAGAAUUGGAAAAGAAUCCAUUCUUUGAAAAAUAUGGAGCAAAAAUUGCCAAAUAUCAGAAAGCAAAUCCAGAAGAGUUCCUUAAUAAAUUUGAGAAGGGGAAAGAAGUCAAAGAAAGUCAACCUGGAGGCCAUGGGUUCUCUGAGGUAGCCAAAAAAGGCAAGGAGCCUUUGGCUAAGGCAGCAUAUACAUUUGCUCCUCAAAAGAAACUGGAGAGCAUCAUGAAAACUGACUUAUUGAAAGACAAGUCAAAUGAAGAGAUUCAGUAUAUUUGGACAGAACAUUUUAGAAAUAAGGAUGCUGUUAGUGGAGUCAUACCUUCGGCAACUUACGACAAAUUGUAUGAAAAUGUUUUGAAAUACCCUAUGUUCUUGUUUGCCUUGCCAAGAAACACAGGGUAUGAGUUCAUUGUUGUCCAGUUUGCUGGCCACGAAGCACACUUCACUCCCCUAAUAAACUAUCAGGCUUAUCAAGAGAAUGCCCCAGAAUGCCUUACUUUGGUUCACUACCCUGAUUUGAAAGAAGAACGGGGUAUUGUUCUGAUGCAUGGAGAGUACAACAAAGAUAUUGUCAAUUCCUUUGAAGCCCAGUGUUUAGUCAAUCAGGUUCAGAUGUAUUAUGGUGGUUUUGAUCAGACUAAGCUGGAGUUAGUGAAAACUUUCCAUGCGGCCCCAGAUAAAUUUAAGCAUCAAGAUCUCAUUAGCCAACUGGAAAGUUUUGAUCUUAGUUCACUGCCGGGAAAGAAGGCAUGAAUGCACAGUGCAUGCUUUCUUUUGAGUUGAAACGAUUAUUGUACAUAGAACUUUCUAGAAAUACAUUUCUUCCAAUGA